CUUCACGCGAGGUUUCAGCAACAUCUGACUUUCAGCCGUUCGUCUCCGCGACUUGAGUCUAGUUUUAGUGGUUUCAGUUUAUAUCCGAACGUUGAGACGGCACUGCCAUCCGGCACUUAGUCGAACUUGCUCGGAGUCGACAAUCAAUUCGUGAAUGAACCGAUCAGAUGAAUUUUUGAUAUGCAUUAGCCGUUUGUAACUUUAAUAUGCUAGUCGUGUACGGUUAGGUUGCCCGCUUUCGCAUCAUGUACGUUUCGCUGUGUUUGUGUGUAUUUUUGAUCGCGUCGUUACGCGGCCGUUGGGCCCAAGCUGACGACUACGACCAUACGCCUGCGAUCGGAAGCAACAAGGAAAGCAAAUGCUACGAUGAGUUUAAUAGACCACUGAGAUGCAUUCCAGAGUUCGAAAAUGCCGCUUUCAACGUGGAAAUGACUGGCACCAACACGUGCGGCGAGAACGGCGAACAGGAGUACUGCGUCCAAACGGGAAUAACUGGAAUAAGGAAAUCCUGCGAAAUUUGCUAUCCGGGACAGCACCAUGCACGUUACCUGACCGACUUCCACAACGUGGAUAACCCCACCUGGUGGCAAUCGGAGACUAUGCUUGAAGGCAUUCAGUAUCCCAACCAAGUGAAUUUAACCCUCAACUUUGGCAAGGCGUUUGACGUCACCUACGUCAGGCUUUGGUUCAUGUCACCGAGACCUGAGAGCUUUUAUCUGUCGAAAAAGACACACGAAGGAGGUCCUUGGAUACCGUACCAAUAUUACAGCGCCACCUGUCGAGAUACGUACGGAUUGCCUGACUCUACGCACACAAAUAGGGGAGAGGAGACGAGGGCACUGUGCACUUCCGAAUAUUCUGAUAUUUCACCACUCAGAGGUGGCAACGUCGCAUUUGGUACCCUCGAGGGUAGACCGUCGGCAUACAAUUUCGAUACAAGCACUGAAUUGCAAGAGUGGGUAACCAGUACCCAAAUUAUGAUAACCUUGGAUCGCAUCAACACUUUCGGCGACGAAGUCUUCGGCGAUCAACAGGUGUUGAGGUCGUAUUUUUACGCAAUCGCCGAUGUAGCUGUGGGUGCACGUUGCAAGUGUAACGGCCACGCAUCAGAAUGUGUUGCGUCGACCAGCUCCGACGGUUCCCGGAGGAGAGUGUGCAAGUGCGAACACAAUACUGCAGGUCCCGACUGCGGCGAGUGCUUGCCGUUCUUUAACGAUGCCCCAUGGGCGCGAGCUACAGCUCAGAACGCCCACGAAUGCAAACAAUGCUACUGCAACGGCUUCUCGAAUCGAUGCAUGUUUGACCAGAAACUCUACGAGCAAACGGGUCACGGUGGCCACUGUCUGGACUGUACGGCGAAUAGAGACGGUCCCAAUUGCGAACGAUGUAAACCCAACUACUACAUGCGAGAGGAUGGUUUGUGUACCGCAUGUAAUUGCAAUGAGGUCGGAUCCAGGAACCUCCAGUGCAACGGCGAAGGCAAAUGCCAGUGCAAACCCGGCGUAGUCGGAGACAAAUGCGACAAGUGUGCCCUGAAUCACUACGAUUUUUCCAUGCAAGGCUGCAAGAGUUGCAACUGUUUGGAUGCCGGCUCUGCGUACAAUCAGCCUAGUUGCGAUCCCCGUUCAGGAGUGUGCUACUGCAAAGAGAACGUUGAAGGUAAACAGUGUCGCGACUGCAAGCCCGGCUUCUUCAAUCUCGAUACGGAUAACGAGUUCGGAUGUACGCCGUGUUUUUGUUACGGUCACUCCUCGCAGUGCAAGUCGGCACCAGGAUACUUUAGGUAUCACAUCGAGUCGACGUUCUCAAAAAACUCGGAAAGAUGGCGAGCUGAAGACGAGUACGGCUCGAAUAUCCCCAUUAAAUACGAAGGAAUCAGUCAGAGCAUAGGAGUGAAAGCCGGUGGCGAUCAAGCCAUUUAUUUCGUAGCUCCAGAUAGAUUUUUGGGCGACCAGAGAAACUCGUAUAACCAAAUACUGGAUUUCUCGCUGAGGAUAGGCGAUAGCCGGCCGAUACCCACCGCGACGGACAUUUUGUUGGAAGGUGCUGGCAGAUCGAUCACCAAUACAAUCUUCGCCCAAAAAAAUAGAAUACCAACGAUCGAGACGCAAAACUACAAAUUCAGACUGCACGAGCAUCCAGACUACGGUUGGCAGCCGAGGCUGACUUCGAGAGACUUUAUCGCUCUUCUCACAAACCUCACGAGUAUCAAAAUUAAGGGGACCUACGCCCCGCGGGGAGUAGGCUUUCUGGAUGACGUGACACUGGAGACGGCAUCCAGAGGGAUCGCGGGGAAACAAGCAUUGUGGAUAGAAUCGUGCGAUUGCCCUUCUGGUUACGUGGGUCAGUAUUGCGAAUCUUGCGCACCCGGAUUUAGACAUUCGCCCGCUUUGGGCGGACCGUUCAUGAACUGUAUUCCAUGCGACUGCAACGGACAUGCCACGAUCUGCGACUCUGAGACUGGAAAGUGCAUUUGCCAGCAUAACACUGCUGGAGACAACUGCGAAUUGUGCGCCAGAGGUUAUUACGGAAAUGCUCUCGCAGGUACUACAAACGAUUGUCUCGCUUGCGACUGCCCAAACGGUGGCGCCUGUAUCCAGAUAGAAGAGGACCUGGUGAUGUGUACGGAAUGUCCGAUCGGCUACACGGGCCACAAGUGUGAUUCGUGUUCCGACGGCUACUUCGGAGAUCCCACUGGCAGGUUCGGCCAACCAAAAUCCUGCGAGCCGUGCGAUUGCAACGCUAAUAUUGACCUCAACGCCAUUGGGAAUUGCAACACCACCACUGGGGAUUGUAUCAAAUGCAUUCAUUUUACGGGUGGCCCCAAAUGCGACGUGUGCCUUCCUGGUUACUACGGCAACGCUUUGGUUUUGCCGAAAGGCGAUUGCAAGAAGUGCCAGUGCUUCCCUCAGGGCACCGAAGAUCGCGAAGGAGAACCGAUUUGCGACCAAACUACUGGCGCUUGUAAGUGCAGGCGUCACGUGUCUGGUAUCAAUUGCGAUCAAUGCCUUCCCGGUUACUAUAAUAUCGCUAGCGGCGAGGGAUGUCACUCUUGCAAUUGCGACCCUAUUGGCGCCUACAAUCAGAGCUGCGAUUUGUACACGGGACAAUGUUUCUGCAGACCAGGAGUCACAGGGUUACGGUGUGAUCAUUGCGAAGCCCGUAAGUAUGGAUUUUCAACUGACGGUUGCAGCGAUUGCCAGUGCGACAAGAUUGGGUCCAAGGAGCUGCAAUGCGAUUCCAAUGGCCAGUGUCCUUGUUUAGAUAACGUGGAGGGCAAAAAGUGUGACCGAUGCAAAGAAAACAAGUACGAUAGGCAAAGGGGUUGCGUGGACUGCCCGGACUGUUACAAUCUGGUCCAGAAUGCUGCCAGGGCCCACAACACUAAGAUGGACAAACUAAACCAAAUUCUGAACGAGAUAGAACAUCAGCCCACAGUAAUAACGGAUGAACAGUUCCCGGACGAGAUGCAAAAAUUGGAAACAGACGUUUCCGAAUUUAACGACAAAGUAAAAAUCGCCACCGGAGAUCGCAGCGUAUUUCAGGAGAUCGUCGCCAUCAGGGAAAGGGAGAAGGACAUUUCCAGGACACUCUCGGAGCUAGAUGAAAAUGCGUUUGUCAUCAACGACAAGUCCAAAAGGGCCGAGCAGAAUCUGGAUCAUGCGGACGAAUUGCUUUUGGAAGUUGAGGAUAGAUUGGACGAGGCUCAAGUCAACUUUGAAAGCCAAGGGAAAAAGGCUCUCCAGGAAGCGUGGGAUCGCUCGAAAAUCGUAGGUCAACAGUCGGAAAAGAUGACCCAAAUAGCGCACGAGGCGAGAGAACUCGCCGAUCAUCUGGAUAAGAAAUCAGAAGAUAUCGCGACUAGAGCCAAAGACGCGAAGAACAAGUCCGUCGAAGCUUAUGAAAAAGUGAAAAGCGCGAACGUCAUGCAGCAGAACCUCGAAAUGGAGUCCCAUAAGAUGAACGCGGACGUGUUAGGUGCGGAAAUCAAGCUGAAUAAGACUAAAGUGUGGACUGAGCAAGUGAGCGGAGACGCGAGACAAGUAAAAGAUGACGCGCUGGCUCUGCUUAACGAAGUCAACAACAUCAUAGUUCCACAAGUUGACGUACAAGCCUUGAGAAGGAAAUCUAAAGAUUUAAAGGACGAGGCUUUUAGACUGGGCAAUAAAACAAAUGAGUUGUUUGCUAAGAGCGAAGAGCUGAGGCAAUCAGUGGACAACAAAAGUGACCUGAGCAAGGAGUUGUUGCAGCGGGCUAAAGAAGAACAAGACGAGAUUAAUGAGUUAAAGAACGAUAUCGAACUAAGCGACUUACAAGCCGAACAGACCAUCACAUUGUGGAAUGGGAUUCUAGCAACCGCCGAGAGUAACUUCAAGUUGUUGUCCGAUUCAGACUCGCAAACUCAGAAGAGCAAGGAGGAAGCCGAAGACGCAUUGAAUACUAUUCCUGAAAUUGAAGGCAUAAUUCUCGAGACGAGCGACAACACUGUAGACGCGCAAAAUACUUUGGACGACGCUCGGGGCAACGCAGACGUCGCCCUGGAGAAAGCCCUUCAAGCGGAUGAACUGGCUAAAAACGCAUCCAAGAACGCAGAAAGGAUUAAAGAAGAUGCCGAGGACCUCUACAGAAACACGACGUUCUUGAGCGACGAAGCAGGUUUGAUGUACGACCGUGUCUUAAACACUGAAGGCGAACUGAAGAAUCUUUUGGAAAAAUCUAAGAGCAACGAGAGUUUAGUGAACGAAGCUAAGGAAAAGGUGGGCCGAGCUGGGAAAGAUACCAGCGCCGCAUCCAAACGCGUGACCGACUUGUUAGGAGACGUCGAAAGCAUACUCUCGGAACUGCAGAACGCUCCAGAUAUCAGCGAAGAAGACAUAAACAGGUUAGAAGAGGAGAUUCGAUUGGCGGAAGAGCGAUUGCGCGAGAGUAGGCUCGAGGAACGUCUGGAGAGCCUCCAGAAGGAACACAAGGCCCAGAACGAUUUGAUCGAGCAAUACAAAGAUCAAAUCGUUGCACUUGGGAGGGACGUGGAUAACAUUGAGCAAAUCGCAAACGCUCUGCCAGACGGUUGCUACAAGAGGGUGGAACUUGAACCCUAGGAGUUGUGUGGCCGUAAAUGUAUUCAAUUUUACCAAAGACUUUAUAUUGUUUUAUAUUAAAACCCACAAAACUAAAUAGUUUUUUGUAAUGUAUGGUCUAUAGGGGAGAUUGCUUUGAGAUUGGUUUGUUUUAAUAUGCAGUAAAGUUUUGAAAACCGAAAAUUUUUCAAUUUGUUAUUGGUUACAGACCCUCCGAUCCUU